GAGUUUAUCGCCAAUCAUUUUAUCACAGAUUAAUCUUUCACGCCGGCCCCGGGUUCCAUUCGUCGAAUAUUGAAAAUGAGAAAUCCUGGCAGCGUUUGGCCGCGUUCCGCCAACCUGUCUGCACAUGACGCAGAGAGGGGACUACUUAAAGGCGGAUUAACGCUGGCAAGACAUUAAAUCCAACCUCCCUGCAUCCAGACACAGCGCGCGACUCAUCAGUCUGAUCUUAAGAUCGACAAUAGGAGGGUUUAUUGUAAUCAGCCUUUCGGACUCCCCAAGACAACGAGAAAGUGACAGCGUCACGCGAGCGCUCGGGCAGACGCACAGAACCCUAUUGCACGACGCGCGAGAGAGGAGGGCAGGACAGCUGCGGGCUCAUGAUCAAUGCAUUUGUCAGAUAACCUCCCAGCCUCUGGAGAGUGACAACGACCAAAAACCCAAGGAAAUAUUUUCCACAUAUUCGGCAGAAGUUCGUGCAGUGUGCCGUAGACUCUCGCCUGCUCCGGAUGAACAACAAUGGGGGAAUGGACCAUACUAGAGAGGCUUCUGGAGGCUGCUGUCCAGCAGCACUCUACUAUGAUAGGAAGGAUCCUACUAACUGUGGUGGUGAUCUUCCGGAUUCUAAUCGUAGCAAUAGUUGGAGAGACGGUCUAUGAUGAUGAGCAAACCAUGUUUGUUUGUAAUACCUUACAACCUGGCUGCAACCAGGCUUGCUACGACAAGGCAUUCCCAAUUUCACACAUUCGAUUUUGGGUUUUCCAGAUCAUAAUGGUUUGCACCCCGAGUCUUUGUUUUAUCACAUACUCGGUGCAUCAGUCAGCGAAACAGAAGGAGCGACGGUACUCCACUGUCUUUCUGUCCCUGGAUAAGGAUCAAGAUUCAAUGAAACGAGAUGACAGCAAAAAGAUUAAAAACACCAUUGUGAAUGGAGUACUUCAGAACACAGAGAACUCCACCAAAGAAGCCGAACCCGACUGUUUGGAAGUCAAAGAGAUCCCAAAUUCAGCCAUGAGAACUACUGGGAAGUCUAAAAAGAGUCGGCAAGAGGGUAUCUCGAGAUUUUACAUAAUUCAAGUGGUUUUCAGAAACGCGCUGGAAAUAGGGUUUUUAGUGGGUCAAUAUUUCUUGUAUGGAUUCAACGUCCCGUCGGUGUACGAAUGUGAUCGAUAUCCAUGCAUAAAAGAUGUCGAGUGCUAUGUUUCCAGACCAACAGAGAAGACCGUGUUUCUAGUCUUCAUGUUCGCGGUCAGUGGCUUUUGUGUGUUGCUGAAUCUGGCAGAACUCAAUCAUUUGGGGUGGAAGAAAAUCAAAACGGCGGUGCGAGGAGUGCAGGCGAGGCGGAAGUCCAUUUAUGAAAUCAGAAAUAAGGACUUGCCCCGAAUGAGUGUGCCUAAUUUCGGCCGUACUCAAUCCAGUGACUCUGCUUAUGUGUAGCACAUGGAGAGAGUUACCGAAGCGACAAUGUGCGAUGUGUAAAGAUUAAACCAAGAUGAACCCGGGAUGUACAGCUCCUCACACCUCAUCCGUUUCUUGACUUAAACGAGUGGGCAGAUUUUUUUAUUUGUUUGUCUUUUAUGGACUCCAAUGGCAAGCCUGGAUUCCACGUUUGUUGACUUAUUACAUUGCACUGAUUCAACUUUGUAGUGACGUUUAUACUAUGUAAAGCGCUACAUUUAGAUCAUGUCGACGUGUUCACGCAUUUACUCUACUGUACUUGAAGAGUGUAAAUGCAAAUUGCACUAAGAGGUGAACACCGGGGAGCCAAACCUAACCCGAUACGUGCUAUUGACAGUGUUUCAAAUACAGUUUCAAACCGAUUUUUGACAACAACCUAUUUAAGAAUCACAAUACACCGGUUGACUAUGUGUUCAAAGGAAAAUCUAUUAUCCAUAUUUAUAUAGGCAUAUGCCUAUCUCCAGAUGUAUAUAGGCAUAUGGGAUAAAUAUAUAAAUCAAUUUUGGCUAGAUUGACCUAGUUGAAAUACAUUAGCUUCAUUCGUGUUUUUUGUUGCCUGUGUUCGCACCACUGACCUUAACGUAUGUAAUCAUUCCAUUGCUAUAUGGCUGACUUGCAAAACAGUAUCUAGUGGAUUUGCUGCAAACGCUAACGUCUGUGACUUCCUUAAUUUACAAUACACCAAAGCGCCCACUGCUUUUAUUUGUGAAAAGUGUUUUCUUGCUUUCGUGUAAUCAAGUGCCAUACUUGUACAUAGACAUAUAUAUAUAUAAAUAUAUAUAUAUAUAUAUAAAUAUAUAAUAUUAUUCAACAUGAAAGAUAAUUCCCUGCUUGAAUUAUGCUAAAUGCUGCCCAAUUUUUUAGCUUUAAGUGUAUUUGUUGUGAUUUAAAUGGAAUGGAUAUAUUACAUUUACAUCUGUCUUUUUAUUUAGAAAAUGACUGGAAAUAAAUAAUGUGCUAGUCUUUUUUAUAUACUGGAAGAAAAUGUUUCUCCACAAUCACAAUUGAUCUCAACUCAAAAUAGCACAAAUGGACCUUUUUAACAAACUAAGGAUGGGCAAUAAGUAUCUGCUCUGGUGCUACAGUUUUUCACAGAAUGGUUUUCAAUGUAACCAAAAUAAACCAGAAGAAACAUCCCUUUCUGAUGAAAAUAAAAGUGGGAAUCAUGUACACCAGAAACGUGUGAGGUGCAGUACUUUUCUGUCUGAAAGCUGAACUGGAAUGUUAGAAUGUUAGAUCCUAUAGCUGCCUUGUCUAGACCAUGGCUUGGUUCAGUGAAAAUGACAAUGUUUGCCACACCCACGAGUCUAUUGUUCCAUCCAAUGAGAAAACCCCUAUGAGAGCGUCCUUUGAUGCUAUCAGUAUCUGUUACCAUGUGGGUGUGCUGUAAUUCAUUUAAAUGGGGAUGAUGCUUCCAUGACAAACAUGAAUACUGCAUGUCCCAUUACAGUGUGCCCUGGGAAGCCCUAAUGUGAAAUGCAUUCUAACAUGCAUGUACUGUUCCUUCCCAGUCUGAGCUGACCAGACCGUGACUGUUCACAUGGCUGCUAUACUGUUAAUGACCUUGUAACCUUGACCAGGAAGCUAUUAGACAGACACACUGCACAAAACAUAGGAUGAUUAAGACCUGAUCUUUAUUGAAAGAGGACUUGGCCUUUUUUGUCCUCCACACAUCCCUUCUUCAGUCAUUUAUAGGAAGAGAGCAAGGGAGCGGCUCCGGACAAAGGGAAGGUUGUGUGAGCCUCAUGAAGGUCACUUAGAAGAAUGGAAAGAGAAAAAAGGUGUUAACUGUACACCAACACGAGAGGGAGAGCGAGAGAGAGAGAGAGAGAGGGGGAGAGAAAAAGAGCGAGAGGAGGAUUCCGGGAUGACCAUCAAGGAGGAUCCGGGGGGGGUUAGGAGGCUAGAUUCUGCCUCUGCCAGGAUGAUUCGGCAAAGCCCAGAGAAGUGCACACUGACACAUCUAUCUCAAACUCAGCAGGGAUGUGAAAAUUCUCCCUAACUCGAGAACUCUGGGGGAAAAAACAGGAGAAGUGCAAUUUGUCUACUUGGCCUGAUGCAAUGCAGUGG